AGACAGACUGGCGUUUUCUACCUUACACUGGUCCUUAUUAUGGUCACCAGCGGGCUAUUCUUUGCUUUCGAGUAAGUGCUUGUACAAAUACACCUCAGGCAAGACCCUAUCCACCAGGAUGCGCAUGAGCGCAUUGUUUUGAAGCGAGUUUAUUAUACUGUAGGUCACAUAUUUAGUAGGCUUGGUCUGUAGACCAAAACUAAUGAUUCUUUUGGAUUAGACUUUAUGGUUGUGUUUUAUUCAGCUAUUCUGACCCCCUCUCCAAACUUGAACUCCAAAACAUCCACCGUAACUCGCCUUUACGGUUCCAGGAAGGCCUGUGAAAUACAGUCACAGAAUGGUCUUAAUGUAAUGCCAUUUGAUUAAUUUAACAGUGAGUCCCAAGGGUGACCUCCAAGCAUGGGUUCAGGCAGACAUGGGUUUGGUUCAGGCAGACAUGGUUUGCCUUUUGACCGGGUGAAGAGUGUUUGAUUUUCAAUUCCAAUUGGAUAGAUACGGAAUGUGUUUUGCUUAGCAAAUUAUGUAUUGGUAUUAACAAAUUCUUUAUCAAGUGACUAUUAAUUGGAUCAGGCAAAAAAAGUGUCUUAUUGAUCAAGAAAAAAACACUUCAAGUGUGAAUUAAGUGUGUCAUAUUGGUAAUGGUAAUGAGGAACAUGUGCAUAAACAUGUGCAUAAAUGUCAGGUGAGUAAGAGAGCUACUCCAUACAUUCCACAGUUGACCGAGUUGUAUUUUGAUUCCUAGAGGCUUGACAUGCUGAGAAAUAACACAAGGAUGUCUUGUGAUGGAAGUGUAGGACAAACCCUCUCUUUCAAGGGAGCUAACCACAUGGUCACCCUCUCUCUCUGAUGCUGCCUCACAGGUUGCUCUGUCUGAAACAUGUCUGGUGUUUUCUCUCAGACGGUUCUCCAGGUUUCCUGUUGAGCAUUUGUUGUACACAACAAAGUUUCUCGGGAACCACUCAAAUCCGAGUUGUCAUUUUGACAUUGAAAUUAAAAUGCAGUUGUACAUUUGCGUGUUUUGGUGCAAUAGCUGAAAAUGAUUUGCCGCCAAUUACAGGCUUUUUAAAGUAAUGACUUGCCAUUGAUGCAACAUUAUGUCACUGCAGUGGCUCAUACUGGAACUCCAUUUUGUAACAGUAUUAUUAAAUUACUGUGAAUCGUUGUUACAACUGUCAGUUCCAGUUUGCAAACAGAUGAGCGAGGGAUCAGAGAGUUUGAGAUUUCCUUGUCUACCCAUCCCCCCAUCGCUUUUUCUGUGUGGUCUUUCAGUCCUCCCACAUUCCAUACCACAACUUCCAAGGCACGGCACCCCAGUGUUCCCGUUUCCAAGAAAUCAAAAGUUGCAAGUGGAUUAUGGCCCAGACAUGAAGUGGAUUGGCACAAGCCUGGUAUUACUGCUGCCCGUUCCUGGCGUCCAACCUGACCCCCGCCAUCCCAGUCAUUGGAGGGGUGUUGUUCUCCUUUGUGGUGGGGAUGCUCUUCAGGGCCAGCUUCACUGACCCGGGCGUCCUGCCUCGCGCCACACCCGACGAGGCUGCCGAUCUGGAGAGACAGAUAGAUGCAGCUAACGGCUCCAGUGGGCCAGGAUACCGGCCACCCAGAACCAGGGAGGUGCUGAUCAACGGGCAGACGGUCAAGCUGAAAUACUGCUUCACCUGCAAGAUCUUCCGGCCGCCGCGCGCCUCCCACUGCAGCCUGUGUGACAACUGUGUGGAGCGUUUUGACCACCACUGUCCCUGGGUGGGGAACUGUGUGGGCCGGAGAAACUACCGCUUCUUCUACCUGUUCAUCCUCUCGCUCUCCUUCCUCACCCUGUUCAUCUUUGCCUUCGUGGUCACCCACGUCAUCCUGAGAUCCAACCGGACAGGAUUCCUCAGCGCUCUUAAAGACAGCCCUGCCAGUGUGCUGGAGGUGGUGGUGUGUUUCUUCUCUGUGUGGUCUAUUGUCGGCCUGUCCGGUUUCCACACCUACCUGAUCAGCUCCAAUCAGACGACAAACGAAGAAAUCAAAGGCUCGUGGUCGACCAAGCGUGGGAAGGACAACUACAACCCUUACAGCUACGGCAACAUCCUGACCAACUGCUGUGCCGCUCUCUGUGGACCCCUCCCACCCAGUCUGGUUGACAGAAGAGGUUUCAUCCAGCCAGACACACCCCAACCUGCCUCGCACUCCAAUGGGGCCAAUUUAUACACCUCCACCCAGCUUCACACUCACAUGUGUGACCAACAUCAGUGCAUUCAGAGCACCAAAUUCGUUUUACAGGCCGCCGCCACUCCGCUGCUCCACAGCGACCCAGUCAUGCUGAGCAGGGGGGCUCCACUCCCAGGGAAGAGCUCUCUGGGGGGGCCCUGUGUGUCCCUGGCCUCCGGACAGCCCUCCCUGCCCUCCUCCAUCCCCAACCUGAGUUGCGCAGGGGACAUGCAGACUCUGAGGGAUGCCGACGCACACUGCCACCACCAUCACUUUGUCAGCCCGGACCAGGAGACUCCCUCGCCGCCAGGGCCCGGCCCGCUGCCCUGCGCCAUUCACAUGACCCAUGGUCACACCGGCCAGCUGUACGACCCGGCUAGCCAGGACUCCCUGCACGAGGACUCUGUCCGGGGCCUGGUCAAGCUCAGCUCGGUCUGAGCCCCACCUCCAGACACAUCCUCUCCCACUCUCCACUGCCGGCUCAGGACCAAAGCCGUACUUCCAGUCCCACGCCCCAAGACCCAGAUCUUUUACUCGCCUGUGGAGAUAAGCUACUCCAGUGCCAAACAAAUCCUCUCAGUUUCUUCAUUGCACUCAACCAGGACCAAAGUCAGGCUUCCAGCUUGUUCCUCCUUCAGUAUAGCCAGUCCCAGCUGUAGCAAGCACGGACAUGGGUAGCUAGCUGCCUGCCAAAAACCCUCUGGCCAUAUUCUCCAUGAAUUAUCAUUGUACCUGCAUCAGCAUUGAAAAAAACAUGUAUUUCCGUCAAACUCUCAUACUUAAAGGUUGAUAUUGUUGAUUUUACGCCAUAAGAAGGCACAGCAAGAGGUUUUUUUUCUAACUCUUCAGGUUCCAUGAUCAACUGAAAAUACAUGAAUCAGGACUGCAGAACUUGUGAUGUCAUGUGCCCAUCAAGUCUGGUGAUGCUCUUUUAUAAAGAAGAACACAGCUAGGGGCUGCGGGCCUGAAACCAUGCCCCUUGUUUGAGAUUGUGGGUAUGGAUACUGUUAAUAGUGAUUGGUGGUGUUUAUUUAGUUCCAGUGUGAAGUGAAGAAGUUACAUUUUUAUCAAAUGUGAAGCCAAAACAGUCAAUAAUAUGCUGUGCCAAGAUUUUUCAUUGACUUCCAGCUGUUACAUGAAUGCCUGUGGAUAUUAAUAAAUUCACAACUGUUUGUACAAGCAUGUUCUGUUCAUUUGUUAGUCUGCCCUUUGAAAUGGCAUUGCAUUUGCAUAUAGGCCUGCACAAUGACAAUAGAUCUUAUUUGUAGAUUUUGUACGUAGCUACUUUAUCAGUCCUGUAUGAUGUGCUCACCUCUGUGGAUUGGGGCCACUGACAACAUUGUCAUGUCAAGAUAAGCGAUCCUGUGCUAGGCUAGUUAGGCGAUGCUAAUGCUAUCAUCAGUGUAUUGAA